UCAGUUCAGACGCGGACGCAGCGCACAGAGACUGUCGCUCCUCGUCUUCCUCAUCUCUGACACAGCGCCCGCUGUCUCUCUCUGCCCCUCCUCCCUCACUCUCUCUCCCUCUCUCUCUCUCUGUCGAUUAUCCACCCGUCUGCGCCUUUUGGAUAGCCUUCCAGCCUCUCCAGGCGCACCAUCCCGAUUUGGAUCAGUCCUUCCUCCGCAUGCCAUCUCCCGCGUGGUCCGGCUGAGGGCAGCUCUGACCGUUAGGAUGCCCGGCUGACAGCCUCUCAGCAUAGUCUACAGCCAAGCAUCCCCCCCUUCCCCCCCAAAAAAGAGCUCGGUGCCGUCCAGAGUCUUCCAGUAGCGCAGCUCCGCGUAAUGGAUUUACCGGUGUCGCGUAAAAGUUGGAUUUUUUCACAUUUACUGAAGAACCUCGUGGACUCCGCGCAAUGAACAGAGUAAGAGGACAUUUUUAGAGGGGAGCUUUGGAAUCAAACCGCAAGAGGAGAUGCACAGAGUGUGGAUAGUCUUCUUUCUAAUAGAAGAGGGUUUUGCUCUCGCACAAAGGACUAAAGAUUCCGUGGGUGAUCCCGGAGGCCAGAGCCCUAACCAAAACGAAUGCGGCACCUGGGUCCGUAACAUCAACGGUGGGGUGUUCAUGUCGCCAAACUACCCCAACACUUACCCACCCAACAAGGAGUGCGUUUACAUCCUGGAAGCCCUUCCUAGACAAAGGAUUCAGCUGGCUUUUGAUAAGAAUUACUACAUCGAGCCUUCGUUCGAGUGCCGCUUUGAUCACAUCGAGAUACGCGAUGGUCCUUUUGGGUUCUCGCCGCUCAUCAAUCGCUUCUGUGGGGGAAAGAAUCCAGGCCUGGUCACCUCCACAGGACGCUUCAUGUGGAUCAAGUUCACCAGCGACGAGGAGCUGGAAGGCCUCGGCUUCCGCAUCAAAUACACCUUCAUAGCAGACCCUGAUUUUCAUCUGCACGUGGGCGGACUGCUGAACCCUAUCCCAGACUGUCAGUUUGAAGUCGGCGGAUGGGAUGGGAUUAUCCGCUCCAGUCAGGUGGAAGAGGAAGAUCGAGUGAAGCCCGGUGACGCUCUGGACUGUAUCUGGACCAUCAGGGCUCCUCCUCAGUCCAAGAUCUACCUGCGUUUCAUAGACUACCAGAUGGAACACUCAAACGAGUGCAAGAAGAACUUUGUGGCCGUGUACGAUGGCAGCAGCGCCAUCGAGAACCUCAAGGCCAAGUUCUGUAGCACCGUAGCCAACGAUCUGAUGCUGGACAACGGCGUGGGAGUGGUGCGCAUGUGGGCCGAUGAGAAAAGCCGACUCAGCCGCUUCCGAAUGCUCUUCACCUCUUACGUUGACCCUCCCUGUACAUCCAGCACAUUCUUCUGCCACAGCAACAUGUGUAUUAAUAACUCCCUGGUGUGCAACGGGGUGCAAAACUGUGUGUAUCCAUGGGAUGAAAACCACUGUAAAGAGAAGCGAUCCAAGGGGCUUUUCCACCAGAUCACCAAGACCCACGGCACUGUUAUCGGCGUCUCAUCGGGCAUAGUUCUGGUCCUCCUCAUUAUCUCCAUCCUGGUCCAGAUGAAGCAGCCAAGAAAAAAGGUUGUUGCUCGGAGGCCUGGCGUUUUCAACAAGGCCGGAUUUCAAGAGGUCUUCGACCCUCCACACUACGAGCUCUUCUCUCUCCGGGACAAGGAGAUCUCCUCUGACCUGGCCGACCUCUCCGAGGAGCUGGACAGCUUCCACAAGCUGCGCCGCUCCUCCACCAUGUCGCGCUGCGUCCACGAGCACCACUGUGGCUCGCAGGCCUCCGUGGCCACCGGCGGCGGGAGCAUGAAGCACAGCCGCACCACCCUCAGCUCCAUGGAGCUGUCCUACCACAACGACUUCUCCAAGCCGCCGCCUAUGAAGACCUUCAACUCCACGUCCACCUACAAGAAGAGCUGCUACGGCUACAAGCAGCACGCACAGACUCACGACUGCGACCAGCAGGUCAUCGAGGACCGCGUCACCGAGGAGAUCCCCUGCGAGAUCUACGGGCGCGGCCCGGGAGGAGCCGCGGGCGGAGGGGCGAUGGGAGCAGGGGGAUCCUCGGGGAUCGCCGGAGGCGCGAUGGGCGGAGCGAUGGGCAUAAGCGGGGGAAUGGCCAUGGGCGGCGGGAUGGGCAUGGCGGGAGGAAUGAGCAUGGCGGGGCCAAGCGGCAUCGCUGGCGGCAUCGGGGGGAUGGCGGGAGCCUGCGGAACCCUCAGUAUCCGCGGCAACAGUGCUCGCAACAGCACCACCAUAGUGGACCCACAACAGCGCUCCAUGUCCAUGGACUUCUAGACACAGACGGGGGGGAGAGGAAACGCAAGCUGGAAUCAGACUCAUCGGAAAAAAGAGAAACCCGGAGGACAGCCAGUCGGCCCCGCUUCUUCCCGAACCUCCACUCGAGCGCUGCAGGCGCGCUGACGGGACGUUGUCAUCCUCGUGCCGAGGCGUGAUUACAGUGGAAGGUGAAAGCUGAGGCGACAAAAGAGCAACAAUAAAAAGGAAACCGCUGCCUCGUUCUGCUCCCCGGAUCCCCCCUCCUCUCCCAGACUCUCCAGGAGAACCUUCUCGCACCCGGAGCUGAGACUUCUCUCUGGUCGCCCCCCCCCCUCCCUCCCCAAAAAACAAACCACUCGGACACGGCAGCGGAGGGAGAGGGUUUUUACACAUAGCCAUCGGCCCACGCACAAAUAUAUGAUAUGCGAUCUAUAGCGCGUCUUCUAACGAUAAUUUAUUUGAGUCUUUAUUUUUUUGUCAAGUGUGCCGUACUGUUAAACUCAGUAUAUAUAUCUAUAUCCAGCCUCACGGCGACGCUUGGCUUUUUCUCUCUUUAUCCGUUUCAAUUGCAGCCCAGGUGAUUUUCACAUGUGGAUGAGAAGGAAGCCCCUGUGGUCCCAGGACAGUGCCGUUGAAUAAAUACGAUGAUGUUAGAAUUAUAGUUCUGUAGUUUUUCCAGGCUUACCUGGCUUCACUCAGUCUCUCCUCAGGAUGAGCACACAAAGAGACUAUUAUUUUCAUAAGAAAUACGGGGAAACCAACAGCUGUUUUCUUUGCUAUUGUAAGCUCACACAAAGGGGUUUGGGUACUUGGACUCAAUCAGGAUAUGGCCCAUCCCAAACCCUAACCCUUAAGGAGAGAAAACAUCCUUUUGUUUGUUUGUUUCCUUUUCAGUGUCCACGUGUCCAGAGUGCGUUUAACAAGCACAACCUGCUUCCGCUUAGAUGGCAGACGUGUAACCUGUAUGGGACUCAUUCAUGAUUUAACCACUGGUUGUAUAAUUUAAUUCUGUUGGAUUAAACAAAUGCUUACUCACA